UCCGGCGGGCGCAGAGCGCCGCGAGCAGCCAUGAUGCAGGAAGGCUUGGACGACGGCCCAGAUUUCCUCUCGGAGGAGGACCGAGGUCUUAGAGCAAUAAAUGUAGAUCUCCAGACUGAUGCUGCUCUGCAAGUGGAUAUCUCAGAUGCACUCAGUGAGAGGGAUAAAGUGAAAUUCACAGUCCAUACAAAGAGUUCCUUACCAAAUUUCAAACAAAAUGAAUUUUCCGUUGUCCGGCAACAUGAAGAGUUUAUUUGGCUACAUGAUUCUUUUGUUGAGAAUGAGGACUAUGCUGGCUAUAUUAUUCCACCAGCACCACCCAGGCCUGACUUUGAUGCCUCCAGGGAGAAACUGCAGAAACUUGGAGAAGGGGAAGGAUCAAUGACUAAAGAAGAAUUCACUAAGAUGAAACAAGAACUGGAAGCUGAAUAUUUGGCAAUAUUCAAGAAGACAGUUGCAAUGCAUGAAGUGUUUUUGUGUCGCGUGGCAGCACAUCCUAUUUUGAGAAAGGACUUAAAUUUCCAUGUAUUCUUGGAAUAUAAUCAGGAUUUGAGUGUUCGUGGGAAAAAUAAGAAAGAGAAACUUGAAGACUUCUUCAAAAAUAUGGUUAAAUCAGCAGAUGGUGUCAUUGUUUCAGGAGUAAAGGAUGUGGAUGACUUCUUUGAACAUGAGAGAACAUUCCUUGUAGAAUAUCACAACCGAGUCAAAGAUGCAUCUGCCAAAUCUGAUAAAAUGACAAGAUCACAUAAAAAUGUGGCGGAUGACUAUAAUAGAAUUGGCUCUUCAUUAUAUGCAUUAGGAACGCAGGACUCCACAGAUAUAUGCAAGUUUUUUCUGAAGGUGUCAGAGUUAUUUGACAAAACAAGGAAAAUAGAGGCUCGGGUAUCUGCAGAUGAAGAUCUUAAACUUUCUGAUCUUCUGAAAUACUACCUUAGGGAAUCUCAAGCUGCUAAGGAUCUCCUAUAUAGAAGAUCGAGGUCACUAGUGGAUUAUGAAAAUGCUAAUAAGGCACUGGAUAAAGCAAGAGCAAAAAAUAAAGAUGUGCUGCAAGCUGAAACUACUCAGCAAAUAUGCUGUCAGAAAUUUGAAAAAAUUUCUGAAUCAGCAAAACAAGAACUGAUAGACUUUAAGACAAGAAGAGUUGCAGCAUUCAGAAAAAAUCUGGUGGAACUAGCAGAACUGGAAUUAAAGCAUGCUAAGUUACAGGUAAUGUGUGCAGUCCGUAAGUGUCCUUCAGAUUGAAUUCCAUUUGAAGACUGAAGACUUCAGACUGAAGGUAACUUACAGCUUCUGCAGAGCUGCCUGGCAGUGUUAAAUGGUGACACAUAAGCUACGUUCCGUCCUCCCACUAACAAGGGCUGCCCUCCUCUGGAUUUUGUUUUCAUGACUUUAAAUAGGCAUUUACAGUUCCCUGGAGAAAACUUUUGACAAAGUGCACAUAAGCAAGCUUCUUCUUUCAAAAGAAUUAAACACCUGAAAGUAGCUCCAGACUAUAUGAACAGCAUACUUGUUAUACAUACAUAUUCAUGUUUAUUUAAUCAUUAUACGCUUUCAUUGUUCAAAAACCAAAUGCUCGGGUUUUGUGAAAAUAGCCAAUAUAAUAAUGUUCAUGUUAUGAAUACUAUGAUACGGCUGCAAUCUUAUUUACCUUUGUAAGUAAUUUCUGAAGAUCACCAUUUGAAGCACAUUGUUCAAAUGGCCUAAGUAUUACCAUUAGAUAUUUGAAUAUUGUUACUAUAAUGGCAUUGUAUACACUGUCUUAGUUUUUUUUUUCCAUGUACUUAUAUCAAAAAACUUAUCUUUUUUUCAAUUGUGAACAUUUCUUAGAAAUUUUGGAGAACUUUGUGUAACCUUUAUAACUAUGAUUUAAAAAGAAAAGCAGAUGCAUUAGUAUGUUUGCCUUAACUUGUAGACUAAUCCAAUUAUUGUAAAAUAAACCAUGAAAUCAGUGAUUUUUCUAAAAUGAUGCAGAUACUGUAUCAUCUAUAAGCUUAGUAUUUUCUAGUAAAUUAGAUUAUUUUUUUUUUCUUUAUUCAUCAUGUAAAAACCAUUCACUAAGUAUUGGAUUGGUCUGACACUACUUGCCCAGUACUUUUUCACUUGCAUUCUCAGGUUUUAUCUGUUUGUCUGUGACUUUCCUCUCCAGUGUACUUAAAUUGUUUUGAGCUUGGUGGCUGACUCUGCAAUUUCUUUGACAGAAAUACAUUUGAGAGAACUUCCUGGGUUUCUUCUGAGAAAGGGGAAAUAAAGUAGCAGAAGGGAGUUCAGAAGGAGGUGCAUAAAAUAUCAGUGAAAAGUAAUACUGCCCCACUGUGAUACGGAUAAAAAGUUUUACUUCAGGAAAAAAGUGAAGGUAUCCCCUAUAAAGGAAUGGAAAAGGAUCUCACUCUAACUGGACUUAAGAUAUAGACUAUGAAUCCAAUAUUGUUAGUUGUAUUGAUUGGUCUCCUUCCUUGAACUAUGACCUUUUCCAAGCGGUGCUGCUAUGUUGUGUCAUUUCACGAUGUCAUACAAUUAGGCUUUACUUGAUGAACUACUCUUCACAGUGGGAUUGCUGCUUUACAAGCAAUAUAUGCUGUUUUUAGGCCUUCAGUGGAACAGCAAAGUUUGGGUGAAUGGUACGGUUGGAAAUGCAGUUCAGCCUAAGUCAGUGUCUCUGUGAUUACAGAUGCCCUGUACUGCCGCACAGGCGUGUUUGUUCUUCUCAGAUAGCGUGAAUUGCACAGUGUAGUAUCCUUACCCUACUGCCUUGCACAUUAAAGGCAGGGAAGUUUGCAUUGUGCUUUGAUUCAUGUACCCAUCACCUCAGGCUUCGAUGACCAGUGCCCAGUGGGUCUUGGCAACUUACCUAGUACAGAGAGUAUUCCUAGCAAUGCCUACUACACUAAUACUGUGCUGUUCAUUUUCUAGAUAUAACAGCUAUAAUUCCUAAGGAACUCAUCUAUAAAUAGACUACGAGGGACAACAAUGACAAUGUAUAUAUAGCUAACAAUAUUGUAAAUAUUUUAAGUAGGAUGUGAGAACAGUUUUUAGAUUAGUCCUCGCUGUUGAGUGUUACUAGCUCAUUAAAUUUUUUCCAAGCCUC